CUCUCUGGCAGCCUUUCCAGAUCGCUAUAACAGCAGAAGAGAGAGAGGCAACGUCAUGAACGUAUGGUGGAACUCUACCAGUCGUGCUGUUACUCAUCCUCACUCUGCUUUGCUCUCCGAAACGAAUCUACUACUACUGAGUAAAAGAAAGAAAUCCGCCACUGUAGGUCAUGGAUCCAGCCGCCAACUGCAUUGAUCUCCAACCAGGAAAAACCUUCUCCAAUCCCAAUUAUGGACAGGUACCUGCCCCGCCAGGCAACUUGCCUCCUCAAUCUCCGGCGAUGAUGCCAGCUCCUCAAAGACCUGCCGGGUGUCCACCUGGGCUGGAGUACUUAACACAGAUCGACCAGCUUCUCGUUCACCAGAAAAUGGAGCUGGCUGAGGUUAUUUUAGGAUGGGAGUCCAACAACAAGUACCUGGUCAAGAACACGCUCGGGCAGCAGGUCUUCUAUGUGGCUGAGGAGAACGACUGCUGUAACAGGAACUGCUGCGGACCACUUCGCUCCUUCGUCCUCCACAUCCAGGACAACAUAGGUCAGGAGGUCAUCACGCUCACUAGACCACUACGCUGCGGCAGCUGCUUGUGUCCCUGCUGUCUGCAAGAGCUUGAGGUGCAGUCUCCUCCUGGCACUCCCAUCGGGUACGUGGUUCAGAACUGGCACCCUUGUUUACCCAAGUACACCAUUCAAAACGAGAACAAGCAGGACAUCCUGAAGAUCGUGGGACCUUGCUGCACAUUUAAAUGUUGUUCCGAUGUGAAUUUUGAGGUUUUGUCGAUGGACGAAACGUCAUCCGUGGGCCGCAUCAGCAAGCAGUGGACAGGCUACCUACAAGAGGCUUUCACAGACGCAGACAAUUUCGGGAUCCAGUUCCCUCUGGAUCUGGACGUGAAGAUCAAGGCUGUUCUUCUCGGAGCCUGUUUUCUCAUUGACUUCAUGUUCUUUGAGAACAAACAGAGCAGUAACUGAGCGGGAGGUUCCUUCCUGUUGAGACGUCCAGACUGGCGUCUUUUUCGCUGGACAACCGUAUACAGGACAAUAUACUCUUAUUACAAAUAUUCAGCAUAUCUUUCACACACAGUGUGUCUCCAUCUGAGUCUCCACACCCUCUGUUUGAAGACUUUAUGGACACUCUGUACAUGUAUACUGUAUAUGGGAAUCCUCAUUUCUGUGUGUUUUUGACUUUGAAGCUCUAGAUGGCAACAUAGCGCAAGUUUCCAGUGCCCGCUUUAGGUCUCGUCACUGUGUCUACGCCUUAAAUGUUACAAAACGUCUGCAGUUUAAAGAAAAGACCAAAGAGCCAGUCAGAUUACUAAACCUUUAUCCAACAGAAAUACCAAAAGAACCACACUGAGUAGAAUCCAGUGUUUUUCCCCCCAUGCCACAGAGCAGAACACACACCUACAUCCUGCCCUCAUUCCUGGUUGUGGAAAACAACAGGGGCGUGACUGAAUGCCUCCUGUUUGAUCAAUAAUGAAGGAUGCGUCUAACAGAGGCGAUUGAUGUUUCACCCAACCCAGACGUCUGCGGACUCUUUUUUUUUUUUUUUUUUUUUUUUUUUAUA